GGGAUGGAGGGAGGCGGGGGUGCGCUGGGCGCCUGCGCAGUAGCUGCCCGUGUCGGCAGCUGCGGCUGGUCGCACGGCUCCGGCCCAUCUCAGGGGCCGGGCGGGGGAGGCGAGGCGCGCGAGCAGAGCGCGGGGCACGAUGUCCGACGCGGGCGGCGGAAAGAAGCCGCCUGUGGAGCCGCAGGCGGGACCAGGUCCGGGGCCGGGGCGCGCAGCUGGGGAAAGGGGCCUGCCGGGCUCCUUCCCUCUGGUCCUGAAGAAGCUGAUGGAGAACCCCCCGCGCGAGGCGCGCCUCGAUAAGGAAAAGGGGAAGGAAAAGCUGGAGGAGGACGAGGCCGCAGCAGCCAGCACCAUGGCCGUCUCAGCCUCCCUCAUGCCACCCAUCUGGGACAAGACCAUUCCCUAUGAUGGCGAGUCUUUCCACCUGGAGUACAUGGAUCUGGACGAGUUCCUGCUGGAGAAUGGCAUCCCCGCCGGCCCCACCCACCUGGCCCAGAACCUGCUGCUGCCUGUGGCUGAGCUAGAAGGGAAGGAGUCGGCCAGCUCUUCCACGGCGUCCCCACCAUCCUCCUCCACCGCCAUCUUUCAGCCCUCUGAAACUGUGUCCAGCACAGAAUCCUCCCUGGAGAAGGAAAGGGAGACACCCAGUCCCAUCGACCCCAACUGCGUGGAGGUGGAUGUGAACUUCAACCCGGACCCUGCUGACCUGGUCCUCUCCAGCGUGCCGGGCGGGGAGCUCUUCAACCCUCGGAAGCACAAGUUCGCAGAGGAGGACCUGAAGCCCCAGCCCAUGAUCAAAAAGGCCAAGAAGGUCUUUGUCCCCGAUGAGCAGAAGGACGAAAAGUACUGGACGAGACGCAAGAAGAACAAUGUGGCAGCCAAACGGUCCCGGGAUGCGCGGCGCCUGAAGGAGAACCAGAUCACCAUCCGGGCAGCCUUCCUGGAGAAGGAGAACACGGCCCUGCGGACGGAGGUGGCCGAGCUACGCAAGGAGGUGGGCAAGUGCAAGACCAUCGUGUCCAAGUAUGAGACCAAGUACGGGCCCUUGUAACCCGUGCCCCCACCCGGGUGGUGCGGCCUGCACCUCAGACCUCUGCCUGGGGGCCCCCUGAAACCCCACCCGCGUGGAGACUUAUGACUCGUCACGGGCAAAUGGCGGCGCACCUGCUCCAGAAGCGUUCACGUUUAAGCUUCAUUAUCACAUGGCCAGUGCACGUGGCGACUUCUCUGAGGGGCCAGCCUCCUCACUGGCGGGGCGAGAGAAUCUAUGUAGACGGGUGAAUCAGCCUUAGUUUCUAUUCUUGGAUGUCCCGGUUGAAUCGGAAGGGGACCUCUGGAGUACAGAUCUCCUCUCACAGGGCGCUCAGGCUUCCCUGACUCCCCCUCAUCUCCAGCCUGGGCCUCGAGGCCUGUCUCUGCAGAGUGAGUCGUGACCAUUGUCACCCUUACGUCUUCUCAGGUAGCAGGGCGCAUUUCCAGGCGGGGUGUCUGUCGUCCACCUCACCCUCCCCAGAAGGUCUUUGAGAGAAACACCUGUUCCCAUCUUCCUCAGAGGUGGACAGAUGCACCAGCUGCUGCGUGGUGUCUGUGUGGGUGCCAGGCCACAGGAGCGGGGUUUCUGCAAAGCCUGGGAUGGGUUGGGUCUGGGGCCUGCGGCACAAGUGCCCCCAACCAUUCUUAGCUCCCACACCCCUUUUCUCUUGUGGCUCUGAGCCUGGAUGGCUCUCUCUGCUUCAUCUGCCAUGGAGGAGAGACUCCCAGGGCGUCCGGCCUCUGAGCCCUGAUCACAGGGCAGAGGGAGACCUUUUCCAUCUCCUCUUCUCCAGGUCACUCAUGAAGGCCACCUGAAUUUUGUUUGUCCCACUAGACUGGGCCUCUGAGCCUGCUGUUUCUUUUCACCCAGUGACCAAUCUCAAAUCUUGGAUUCAAAAGGAAAACCCCCCUCGUCUAGGAAGCUUAACUUCCUGGAGCCAGGAUGCACCUUCCACCUGGUGUUUAGAAGUCUGGCCUCCACAACCACCUUCCACUGUGGGCGGACAGCUGGGGCACGUUUCUCGAGAAACUCCAUUUUUUCUUGCUCUGCUGUCCGACGUGGGCCAGACCAAGAGUCUGCUCUCCCUGAAAGCAGAAGAGGGCUUCCCAGUUCUUGCUUCAGGAUCCCUCCUCCGUGUGAGCUGCCUGGAGGGCGACAGCCGGGCAGGACACCUGAUCUGGGGUCGCCAGGGUUGAAGCACAACUCUUACGGAAUAGCAGGCUCUUGGGACAUUUAUACAGGCUAGAGUCCCCUCAAUCUGGGUCUCGGGACGUGGGCCACUCACACAAGCCUGGCCGUAGUGUGGUGUGGAGGGGUCCUCACAGCCGUGGCUUCACUACUCAAAGCUGCUCCUUGCUCUUGUGUCUGGUUGGACUCAUCCUUUUCCUCUGCCCAGAAGAUUAAGUGAGGAAAUCUGUGGAACCUUCUGCUUAUUGUGGUCAGCUGGGGCACCUGAAGAUGGGUAUAUUUAUUUGCUCAGGGCAGGAAGCCUGUGGUAAAGAGGGGUCAGAGGUGACGGGUGCACUUUGUCAUGCUUACCACUGGCUUUAUUUAAAGUGGUGGCUCUGAGUCCCGGGCCCAAACUCCUAAAGACUUUUCCUAACAGAUGUUAAGACCAGGGGCAGCCAUCCACUGGCUGUGGACCACACACCAGGGGAAUGCCACGGCCCUCCGGGACCUGCACACCUGCCUCUCCGGGGGCCUUGACAAGGGUCCGUGAGGCCAAGGGAGGUCACUCCUUCCCUCUAGGCCCCUGACUUUUACUUUGUGGUUCUAUAAAAACCAUGUUCACACUUUUCACUCUUGUAAUCACAAAAGGGCAGUUGCAUCCAGCAUGUCAGUGUCCUGCCCCGGGCAGCUUGCCCGCCCGGGCACUCUCCCUCUGGUCUGGCUACCCACCAGGAGGGCAGUUCUCAUUUUGUUAUUGGUAGAAGAGCCUCCAGCUUCAAAGCUCUUCAUUUUCUUUGGCCAGAAAAUGUAUGGUUUGUGUUUCUUUGUUUUUUUUUUUUAAAGGAUGGACAUUUAAUCUCUGGAUGGCGUCCAUGUUCCGACCCCAGCGGGUGGGAUGAUGGCCUGAUGUCUCUCCUCUUUGUCCCACCUUCUGCCUGUUCAGUGCCCUCCCCUUCCUCCCCCGCAAGGUAGUGGGUGUCUGUUUCCUUCCCAAAGUGAUUCCUUGGAAAGAAUGUGGUUGCUGGCCUCUUAGAGAAGAGCCCCUUUGAGUCAGGAGCCUGGCAGGGACAAGAAGAUGUCCAUGGAGGUUGACAUUUUGGGGAAAAGGAGUGCUCAGGUAAGCGUGUCUCCUUCCCAGACCUAAGAAUUGAGUCCUUGCAGAAAGAGAGGCUUGGUGCCUGCUCAGUUUCCGUCAUGGAAUUGGGAAUCUCCUUGACUCCCUCCUGGACCCUCUCCAUCUUGGGGCUGACAGCCAAAGACUGAGACUCCCGUGCUCAGGUCUUUGACAUCCUCUAAGAAGCACUGGAGGCUAGAGAAGCCAGUGUAAACGGCUUUCCGUGGGUUUGCGAUGGGCUGGGAAGCACCAUCCCUUCCUGAGCGCCCUGUCUUUAGCUUCACAGCAGCCUCAUUGCAACCUCAGAACAGACAAAUCAUGGAUGAGCUAGAAUGUUGCAAGAAUAUAUAUGUAAUAAAUGUACAUCUAGAUAUAGAAAUAGAUAGAAAAGGAGAGCUUUCACAAUGGCCAGCAGCCUUGUGGAGGACCUGGGUAACUUACUCUUGGCCAAAGGAAAGGGUUUGCCUGUCUGAGUCCUGAGGUUGGGGAAGGCACUUAGCGGCGAACCUUGACUCUGGGUAACCAUCACCCUGCUGAGGGGGGCUGCUCGCUCCCUGGGUGGGCAGCUCCUGCAGUCCUCCAGCCUGAGGCGGGGUGGCAGGCAUGGGAGCCAGCAGAGGAGGGCCCCUUUGUGCUGGGCAGCUCUCCAUCCAGGGCCCUGGCAGCUCUGCUCCGCGUAACACAAAGGGCUGAGAGCCCCUGGUUUUCAUGGCAAAGCCCCACCCCAGAGCUCCUUCAACAUCUGUUAAUUAAGUGCAAUAAAUUUUUCUAGAAAAUGGCAAAGAUGACUUCCAGGUGGAUAUUGCUAUCUUACGGUGUUGGGGAUGCCAGAGCACCACUUGGUUUUAUUUUUCUAACUGCAUGUGAUGUGAUGGAGUGUGUGGGGCUCUGCAUCCUCCCCUGGGAGCUGGCAUUCCAGCAGGCCUCUCUCUCCUUUACCUUUGUUGGAGGAAGGAGGCCAAGAGAACAUCCCUUCUUCCCAGCUGGAGAGGGAGAAGCAGACCGUAGCCCAUUGGCCUUAUGUGCGUGUGUGCGUGCGAGUGUGUCACUGCUGGUGGGCCGGAGUGAUGUGGUGGGAGGGAAGCCGGGAAUGUAUCCUUUUCGAAACAAAAUUAAAUAUUUUGAGAUGAGAA